AGGAAUACCCCAGUGACAGUAGAUGUUAUUGCGCCGUGAGCGAAUGGCAUAUCAAUACUUAGAAUACAAUUAACAGGCCAAAAAGGAAACAAGAUGAAUUGUGGGUCAAGUUGGCUGUCAAGGAAGUGCGGGGCUACCGUGUACCAACAACGGCUCCAAGAUGUACCGACAAUAUCUCGCUGACAUCAUGGGGUCGGGAGGCAGCAAGAAACCGGCGAAGGGCGCCCCAAACGGAGGGGCCCCUCCCGGUGGUGCGCCCGGGACGCAGACCACACCCGACGGCAAACGUAAGCUGACAGAGGAAGAAAAGGCAAAACGGCAGAAAUUGUUGGAUGAUUACAAACUCUUAGAGGAGAAAAUUAAGGAGACAAUGAAGUUGCUGACGGUGAGAGAGAAAACCAGGGUGAACAUGAAGAGGAUAACAGACUCGGGACCAGUCAGUCCCAUUCUACAAGGCGACAUAUCUGUCGAUGUACCAACUACCGCGAAAAUCGUGAGGAUCUUCACAAGUAGUACUUUUACAGACACCAUGCACGAGCGUAAUGUGUGGAUGAGUGAAGCCUACCCUCGAGUAAAGACGUUCUGUCAGGAGCUGGGGUAUGAGUUCCAGGUGGUCGACAUGAGAUGGGGAGUCCGAGAUGAGGCUAUGGACGACCAUAGUACCACUGACCUCUGUCUGAAGGAACUUCAGCUAUGUCAGAAACUCUCAACAGGUCCAAACUUUGUGACCCUUUUGUCACACAAGUAUGGAUAUAGGUCUCUGACGAGGGAAAUUGAUGCUGAAGAAUUUGAGAAAAUAUUUGCUGUCAUUGAAUCAAUUGAAGCCAAAGAAUUAUUGAAAAAAUGGUACCGGAAGGACAACAAUGCAGUUCCCCCUAUGUACCUACUGUCCCCCAUCAGUAAACAUCUCCCAGACUUCCUCAGUAGCGACAAGGAUGCCAGCAAGGAAGCAAAAACAAAAUGGUGGCAGGAAAGUGACACCAUGCAAGAGGCACUGGAGUCGUCAGCAGAACAGGCCCUAGGGGUAGAGGCAGCCAAAAAGUAUAUUAUCUCAGUGACAGAAAAGGAGAUUCAGAUGGGCCUGCUGUCACUAGAUAAGGAGAAGGCAGGGAAAAGUUGUUUGUGGUUUAACAGGGUGAUAAAGAAUAUAGAAAAAGAGGAAGCCAGCUAUCAGCUGUCACGAUACAUGGAAUGUCUUGGCCCGGAAAAAAAGGUCCAAAAGGCACAACAUUUACUUGCUGACCUGAAACAACGUCAGAUUGUCGACCGUCUACCUGAAAAAAACAUAAUAUCUUACAGUGUGUCUUGGACGGAUAAAGGAUCAAUGAGUGGAGAAGUGAAACAAGAUGGUAUAAACCCGGGGGUGACAGAACAUAAGAAGUACCUGAAGAAGUUAGUGGAUGACUUUGUGAAGGCGGUCACAGACAUGAUCACAGCCAGUAUAAAGGAGCGGGAGGCAUCGUCCAACACUGAUCCACUCUUCACUGAAUGUCUACAGCAUAUUCGCUUCUCUCAACAAAAGUGUGCCAACUUCCAUGGAAGGGAGACAACUCUGGAGAAAAUCAAGACCUACCUGACCACUCCAAAUGCGAAGCCACUGGUCAUUCAUGGAAUGUCUGGGUGUGGUAAGACAUCUAUCAUGGCUAUGGCAGCCAAACUGGUCCCUAGCUGGAUGAACAACACCGAACCUGUGGUGGUGAUCAGAUUUUUGGGUACGACUCCCGACAGUUCUAACAUCAACAGUCUAUUGAUGAGUAUCAUACAACAGAUUAACAUCAUCUAUGGCUACCACAUCGAUGUACCAGAGAUUGUUGACAGAGGAAAGGACCUGACAGAUCUGAUGAAGGAGCUUCAGUUCGCUCUACGUCACGCCAGACCAAGCAGGCCGGUUGUCCUUAUGCUUGACUCGCUAGAUCAACUGGAUCCUACCAAUAAUGCUCGUGCUCUACAGUGGCUACCCACGGUCUUAAAUGCCAGUGUGAAGAUAAUUGUGUCCACACUGGAGGAUGAUGUAUACGAGUGUUUUCCAAAACUACAGCAAAAACUGAAGAACCCCAGCCUGUUUGUGCCAGUCCCUGUCCUGGAGAAGAAAGAUGUCAACAACAUCCUGGACAGUUGGUUAAAGUCUAACAAACGAACACUGACCACUGACCAGCGCAGCAUAGUGACCAAGGCUUUUGACCAAUGUCCGAUUCCAUUGUUCCUCAAGCUUUCAUUUGACGAGGCAUGCAAGUGGAAUUCUUUUUCGUCUGCUGACGACACGAGACUUCAGGCCACAGUGAGAGACAGUAUCAACAUGUUGUACUCACGACUUGAAGUCCGGCAUGGUGAAAUCUUUGUCUCUCAUGCUCUUGGCUACCUGACCACAGCAACCAGUGGUCUGUCCGAGUCCGAGUUGGAAGACGUUCUGUCGUGUGAUGAUGUUGUCCUAAAUGAUGUGUAUAUGUACUGGACCCCGCCCAUUAGGCGACUCCCACCUCUCCUCCUGGUCCGACUGAGGACUGAUCUUCAGGAGUAUAUAGUGGAGAGGGGAGCAGACGGUGUGCGGGUAAUGUACUGGUAUCACAGACAGUUCAUCGAAGCUGCUCGGUCACGUUACUGUGGAGACAAGAUCAUUCGGCACCUCCAUACAGGGCUGGCAGAGUUCUUCAGUGGAACAUGGAGCAAAGGAAACAAAAAACCGUACACUGACCGGUCUGGAAAGUCUGGAUUAGAGGAUCGCCAUGUGGCAGGACAGCCAAUGAAAUAUGGCGAUACAUACAACGUUCGGAAACUGAACAAUCUUCCAUUCCAUCGUAUCAUGGCUGGUCACCUGGAGGAGGUGAAGGUUGAAUGUCUAGUCAACUUCCACUUCCUCCUGGCCAAACUUGUGGCCACCUCGGUCAGGAAUAUGAUCUAUGACUAUCAGGCCGCCAAGAAGGAGCUACCACAGGACUAUGCUAUAGAGAUGUUAAAUGAUUGUAUGCAGCUGUCACAGCAGGCCCUUAUCUACGAUCCCUACCAGCUGGCACCCCAGAUCCUCAUACGACUGGCUGGAGAGCAGAAUCCAGAGCUGGCUGACUUCCGUUCACAAUGUAAGAAGUACCCCGCCCCCUACCUGUUACCGGACAAAGACAUCCUUAUCAAACCUGGAGGUCAAAUGGUGUACAUGCUGUCAGAACACACGUCUGCUGUGACAGGACUGGACAUGACAAAAGAUGGCAAAACCAUUGUAACAUGUGCAGACGAUGAUGAACAGAGUGUGAAAAUAUGGAAGGUGGAAGAUGGAACUUUAAUCAAAUCCUUCAAUAAAUUAGGAGAAUCUCCAGAUCGUGUGACAUUUAUUGCCAACGACACGCUGAUACUCGUGGAGUAUGCUAAAAACCUCAAGGCUCUCCAGCUCUCCGGGGAGGUGGCCUACACAUUCAACCAUACUUCUGGAGCAUAUACACCUGCUGGCAAGGACCGCAGUCUCCUGGCAAUAUUCAAGGGCAAGGUCGGGGCUUUGUUUGAUGCCUUUACCGGAAAAAAGACCGAAGUGACCCUGUUACAGAGGUCGAAACCGAUGAGAAAUAUCGCCCCUGAUAACACGAGCAUCAUAGCUGGAUGUGAGAAGUAUAUUGUGCUGGUGGAUGAAGAUUGGUACCGAGUUAGCGUGGUAGAUAUAGAGAAAGGGACAAUGACUGAUUGGCUGGUGAUAUUUGAACCCCCUCCUCCCGACGAUGAUGAAGCAGAUGAUAAAAAUGUGGAUGCUGUAGCCAUUACUCCGGACCAGAAAAGCUUUGUAGUGUCAAACUGCAUGGACAAUGACCUACACUUUUACAACAUAGAAACACUGCAGAAGAUCCGAGUUAUCAAAGGGAAUGAAAAAGACUUUUGUGAAACUUACCGCUUCACUCCUGAUGGAAGACAUCUUUACUUCAAACAUGAUAACAGUGUUGUGGUUUACGACCUUGACAAGGAAGAGAGGAGAGUAAUCCUCCCCCACCCUUCUUCUGUAAACGGCGUAAUUUGUCAGUCAUGGAAAACACUGGCCACCAUAUCGGAGGACACUGCUGUUAGAAUCUGGGACAUCACGAAACCUGAGAAACAACAGCAGACUGAGAGUUCGUCCCUCGGACAAAAAAUCAUGGAUUUUUGCCUGUUGUCCAACCCACGCUACGUUGUCCUUACAGUCAGAAAAGACAAGAAUGAAACAAAUACAGGAUAUUUGAUGGUGUAUGACCUUGCAACCAAGAAGGUCGUUCACAAGGCAGCCAUGCCGGACAUGCCUGUAACGAUGAAGAGCCUCGAUGAUAAGGAGCUACUGAUGCUAACCAACAACAGGAAGUUAAAGACGAUCAACUUGAUCAGCAUGAAGGUCACAAAUGUGUUCCAGGGCAAGUUGUGCAAGUACUGUAGUGAUGCAGUGGAAAUAAUUAAAGAUGGAAAAGAGGUACUAACCAUGACGAGGGGUAAGAAAGGCCUGAAGACUUACGACAGAAAAACAGGAAAAACCAAAGCAAUCAUCUACCCUCCAAGUGAUGUGAGAGAGCUGUCACAGCGAUUUGACACUUCUACAUUAACGGUCAGUAAAUGUAACACAUGUGCGUGUCGGGUAGAAGACGGCCCGAUUGUUGUGUUUGACCUUCAGAAGAAUGUGUGUGCACAUGUCAUCAGGGACCAGCUACUGACUUCGGAGGAUAAGAUGUUCUGGGCGGGAUUCAUUCCAUCAGAUGGUUCAAUCCUAGCUAUACAAACAGAACAGGACCUUCCUAAUCCAAAGAAGAAAGCAGACACUGUAUCUGUGACAUCAGUCGCUAUUUAUGACCUCAAGAAAGAGGAAUUUGCCUCCCGCUGGUUAGUGGAUCAGGAAUAUUUCCAGAAGUACCAUUCACAGCAGAACCGGAAAGGUCUGGAUGUCAGUGUAGACAACUCAAUGUUACUGGACGAUGAUAGGCUAGUUACUUCAAGUGAUGACUUCAUCCUCCGUGUAUGGAAUCUCAAAACAGGUGAGCUGAUAAAAAGACUGGAAGGACACAGAACUGCACCUAAACUAGUGAGCCAUGAAAAGAGUCCCCUACUUCCUGUCAAUUGCAGAGUUUGAUGAAGAAAAUGCUAUUCGUAUUUGGGACAAGAAGUCUCUAGAUUGCGUGACAAGCUUCAGACUGGAUCAUACUCUUGCCGAUACGGUGGUGUGUGGGGAUGGACUGAGUUUUGUCAGUACCACAAGAGAUCCUACCGCCAAUGUUGUACACUGGACCCUUGUUGGAACCAAACCUGUCUCAGACCUGGCAUCCAAGCCUGUUGUAUAUAAACAGGAAGUGAAUGACUUGACCCUGACUUUGGAUGAUGACGAAGAAGACGAAAAGGAAGACGCCCUUGACCCAGAUGAUGAUGAAGAUGAGAAAUCUGAUGACGAGGAUGAUGAUGAAGAUGAUGAAGGUGAUGAGAAGGAUGAAGAUGAUUCAUGAAAAAAAAUUGCUCAUGAAAAUGAAUAUCUGAUGAAUGUGAACAUUUCAAACAUUCUUACCAAAUAUGGAUUUUUCCCCAUUCUAACUUUUUGAUGUAUUUUUAUAUGACACUACACAUGUCUUAAGACUUUAAAUGUAGAUUGGUAUACAAUCUAGUAGCUUGAAACAAUAGUCUUUCAAUGUCUGUACCAUAAGAUGUUGUUGUAUACAGUAGUUCAAUAAUGUACGCAAAUAGAAUGUAUUACAUACAUAGAUAAUUAUCAAUAAUCACAUUCAUUUGCAACAAAUCAUCAUUGCUCAACUAAUUACAUGUACAUGUAUAUGUUAAUCUAUGUGAAAUUGGCUUAGGGAUAUACUCUGUGAUACCAUAUAUAGGCACAAAGUCGAGUAAAUGAUGUGAUAUUCGUGCUAUAUGUAUUGUAAUACAGCGGCUGGCCUCAUAUCUGGAGGUAAAUAUUUAAAAAAAAAACGAUAACAUUAUGGAUGUUGAGUAAUAUUAUUAAAUAACGUUUUUACACUGUUAAGAUCAGUUUGAUUAGUUCUUAUAUUGAGGAAAUAAUUUAUAGAAAAUACUAUCUUUUAUUAAUCAUUUAUAUAAACUAUUUAUAGAAUGAAUAAUAUAUUUAGGAUGGGUAAUGUUAUUGAUUAUCAUUGAUAUACGUAUCAGCUAUCAUUAGGGCUAAUAUUAGAUAUGUUAAUUAAAUGACCAUAACACCUACGUGUAUACAUUUUGUAAAUGUGAUAAGGAAACUAAUUUAUAGUAAUACAUAAUAUUUUAUGCUUGACAAUCUUUGUUGAGAUGCUAUCGGAGUAAAACAUCAGGGUUUUUGAUAUGCCGGUUUUCUUUUAUAAAAUAAUAUGAAUUUAUAUCUAUUCUGUAUCAUUUAUUAAUAGUAAGCUUGUUACUGAAGUUCUCAUAUUAUUUAUUCGUCUGUGAUAUUUGCAUUUAUUAUUGUACGUUUGUAAUAUACAGAAAUUGUGCUGUAUUCACCAUAACUAGCUAAUAAAUCAUUAUCUAAAUUACAUUUAUGACCAUCCGUUAAGUAUGUAUUUUUACAUUGUUAUGUGAUUAUAUUGUGAAGUAUGAUUUUUGUUACAUUCAUCAAUAUUAACAACAGCACAUUCUAUGCAAUGAUUUUCUUUUAAGUGGAACUGAUUUACAGGGUAUUUAUACAGAUCUGACAGUGUGUAUUCACAGAGUUUUCUAUAUAUGUUCUACAUGUAUGUAUUAUGAUUACAGCAAUGUGAUAAAAAUAGAACUACAUCGGUUUGUAAAAGCAAAACUUUUUAUGAAUAUAACUGCAAUUAUGAAUAUUUUAAGGAAUUGUGUUAUAUUUUAAUGCUAUUAUUUCAGGUAUAGUAUGUUUUAUGACUAAAGUGGAUCCCAUUUUGAUGUGAUUAUUUCAGGUAUAGUAUUUUUAUGUGUAAAGUGGAACCUAAAUUUGGAUGGUGAUUAUGUUUGGUAUUGAAUUCAAUAUUAUUUUGAAUGCAUUGUAUUUCAUGAUAAUUGUAUUACAUUGUUCUUCAUUUAUUGAAAGAGAUAUUUAUGGUUAUACUUGUCAGAAGUAUUACAUCUACUUCAUCAAUUAAAAAGUAUUAUAGCAGAUUUAUAAACAUGUGAUUUGUACUUUAAUGGAUUUGUUUGUAUAGUAUUCGGUGUUAUAAUGCAUGUUGACUUGGCAGAUAGCUAGUUGCAAUGAGCUCAAUUUUACUGUGAUAUAAAUAUGUUGUAGAGUUAUUAAUCAUAUUAAAUAAUGUACUGUUUCCAUGAAUAUUACAAUCAGUGCCAUUUAGAAUUUGUAUCAUUGAUUUUAGCAGAUAAUGUUUAAAAACGAAAUCUCUACAGCUGUUGUCCAGUUGUAUUUUCCGACUAGAACAUUUGUAUAUUUUCUCAUUAUGGGAAGAAUCUUAUGUAGGCACCAUUGUAUAAAUCACCUGACACCAGCUUCAUCAAUGUUCCUUAAGGAAAUGCCUUUAACUUAUUUUUUACGGGAAAGCAUCAGUAAGGGGGAUCUUACUUGUGAACUUUAGUUAAAAUUUGUAAUGCUUUCCGCUUACUUAAGAUAUCCAAUGGGAAACCAUUAGAUAAUUUAAUUUUAAGUUCAGUAACCCUUCCCUUUGGAAAGUUAUUAAUUUUCAUUGAUGAAACUGGGGUUUGUAAGUAUGCACAAGUAUCGCUGAAGUUGGCAGUACAUUGCUUUGUAUGUUAUAACAUUAAUCGGAGAGGUUGACACUUAUAAUAAUAUACAAGUGUUAUAGCUUCUAUAUUAAAGGAUAGGUACGUUCAACAGUGAAUGUUAUGAAAACGAAUGAGACUUUUGAAUAUAUUGUAUAAAUGAUUUUUAGGACAUUGUCUUUGAAUUUUUCCAUGUGGAAGUACCGAACUCAAACAUAUGUCAAUAUGCAACAUCAAUAUGACUAGCCCUUUAAUAGGUUAUUGAGGGGAACAAUAUUGCUAGCAGGUAGAGUAAUUUUGAAGAAAUUUUAUAGCCAGUAGCUAUGGGUAGACCUAUAUUUAUUUACUAUUAAAGAAAAAUAAUCUAUUCCAUUUGUUUUAUAUACAGUAGUUUCUAAAUCUGUUUAAGUAUUAUAUAAAACAAUCAAAAGUCUUUAAAACCAUGUAACACUGAAGCUGUGAUUUAUUUGUAACAGUUUGUAAUUAUUCAUUUCUAUACAUUUGCAUGAUACGUUCGAGAAUUACAAUAUAUAUCCGGGUUUAUUGGGUAUUUAUUUGAUAUUUUAUUUAGGAACAGCUUAUUUUCAAAUUUAAUUUUCAGUGCAAAUAUUACUUUGAUGUAAUUAAAUGUAACUACGAUGUCGACCAUUAUGACAACGUUUAAAGCUUAGCUUUCAAUACAUUAACUGUUAAUGUUUAAUUUGUUAACAUAGUGCUUUAUUUCGCGACUAUCGUUGUUUUUCUCGAUUGUUACUGACAGUUUUAGUUUUAUCGGUAAUCUUAAGUAGAUACACUGCACACAACGACAGGUAAUACUUAUUUCAUUUACGAUUUACGCUUGCAUAAGCAUGCGAUAACUUCCCCAAACUUAACAUAUUACUAACGACAGUUAAUCGGAGACACUGUAAAUAGUUUAUUACAAAAUGCGUUGAAUGAUAUAUUUAUUUGAAGACGUGAAACGCAAUGGUUUAUAGCAUUUUGUUCGACGUUCUUUUUUGGCGAAUUUUAAAAAUGUCAUAAUCUAAUCCCUCACCAAGAUUAUGGGUACCUGGUAUUUGAAUAUACAAAUGUACUUGAAUAAAGGUAGACACCAAAGUUUUCGAAAUAAAACAAAGUUUUAUAUUUUGAAUUUGGUCGCAAUGAUGUCAAAUCAGGUCGGUGUGGCUGUACCUCUUUGUAUUGAUAAUGGUUCGAACAUUUUAAAAGAACAAAUUGAUAAUGUGAUAUUUCCAUUGUUUUAUUUACACAAGAUAUUGACUAUUGUCUAUAUUGUUUUAAUUUUAUUAUAUAUAUAUAUUAACAUUCCUAUGGAAUAAACUCUGUCCUUGUA